AUGCAAGGCUUCUUCGACGUCGAGCGCGGGCCAAGCCGUCGUCGUCAUCCCUCGCGAGCCGAGCCCGCUCCCGUGUGCGUGGCCGUCCCUCUGCGCGCCUGCCCUGCACGCCUGCCUUCCGAGCCUGCCUGCCUCCUCUCUGACAUCUGCGACGCGCGAUCGCCCCCUCGCAUCCAAGGCGACAUCCGCUGCACGCAAUGGCGCACGCGCGUGCAUCCUACCAGCGUCGACAAUCCGACGACGGGAACCCGGCCUCAGCGUGCCUCGGCGCGCAUCAGCGCACACAGACUUGGGCCCAUCACGAGCGCGAGCAUCAGACGCAAGACACAGUCUCCGCGCAGACUCGGGCAGAUGAUCGACCCGCUCAACACACGCACCGCGAGCGCGCCUCCGGAGAAGACACCAGAUGUCGAGGCUGCAGACAAUGGCAAACGCCUCGUGCAGCGUCAGGCAUCGCUCAAUGGAUCCCGGCCGUGCGUACCAUCUUUGUCCCGCGCUGCCUCACUCAUCAUACCCCUCACGUACGUCAUCCAGCCCUCUGUCAUUGACUUCCCGGUCACUAUCUACUCACAAAUAUACGCCGACGUCCAGCACGCUCACAGCUCGACGACCACACAUCUAGACGUUUGCCCGCAACCGAGGCUGUGCCCAACCGCCGCCCCCGAUAUUCCAAACGGCUCGCUACGCCCUCCGCACGCCGCACGCCAGCCUGGAACCGAGACGACAGCCCUCGCCUGCAUCAAACCGCUGCCGGUGCUUCAGGGCAACAACGAUGGCGCAAAUCGUCGGCCGUGGACGAUGAUUCCCACAACGCCGGCGCCGUCAGACUUCCCCGGACGCACAACAUCAAUACGACACUCCCGCUACCUGUCCACUGGCCUUUGCGCCUCACUACGCGCGCAGCCCGGCGACUGCAUCCUCUUGCCACCAGUGCUGCAGAGCGACGACGAGGACGCGGAUGGCCUGCACCGCCGCGCAGCCAGCGAGAUGCGAACACCUGCCGAUCACACAUCGCGCCCCCCGCGUCCCCGCCCGCGUACCUGGGCGCGGUCAUUCUGCCUGACGCGGACGGACGCCCUCGCCGACGUGCGCACCCGCCAGGUCUACCCGCCGCAAACCCCCCACAUCGCCCGUCACCCUCAUCGCUCCGGUGGCGACGCCCGCGUCGCACGCAGCGUCCCCGCGCGAUCGAUGCUGCGCCCGCGCGUGCGCAUCCUCGCAUUUGCGCCAUUCGCCGUGUGGUGCGUAGACGGAGGGCUAAGACUGGCCGCCCACGCCGCCGUCCAUGCCGCCAUCCACCGCGCCAUCCACCGACGCGGUCCCGCCGACCGCGCGCAGCCCGUGUGGCGCCUUGCAGAGACGCACCGCAGCCAGGAGCGGAGGGGCGGCACACGGCCGCCGUCGCAGACCAUUGAGUCAAGUCGGAGGCUGGGUGCACAGCAGAACACGUCGAGCCGCGCGCUGCAGCACGUCUAUUCGAGUGAGCGUCCGUCUGCAUGCCCUGGGUCUGUGCCCGCGCUCUGCACGAUGCCUCCCCCGCCAUCUUCUGGCCUAAUGUGCACGCCGGGCCCACGACCACAUGAGCCUCGAGCGACCGUGGGUGGCGUCGCGGAUGGAGCGCGCGUGCGCGCGCAGUCUCCCGCACUCGGUCAAGACGCGCUGCCCAUGCCGUCGCGCGCGCCCGCAGCUGCUGCUGCAUUACUACAAAUGCGCUUAGAAGUGUAA